AUGGAGCGGUUGCUGACCGCCAUUUCAAGAUUGAAGCUGGGCACGCAUCCCCAGGUCAGUUCGGUGGCUGACCACCAGCUGAAGUCUUCGGCAGCGGCGCUUUCGCGGACGCUAUGCAGUACCAGUGACGGUACGCGCCUUUUCUUGCUUGGGGCAGACGGCGGGCUCUGGCUGACGAAUGCCGAGGAACUGUGGCGUUCUGCACAGCGGCUCGGCGAAGAGUCGCGAACGGAGUUCUUCGUGAGCAGCUCUGGAACGCUGGGGACUCCCGUACACUUGACUCCAGCGUUACGCUUCAAGCCGAUCGCUUGCGCGCUUUCGAGCUCGGAUCGAUUUCUUGCUCUUUAUGACGAGGAGUUUUGCGCGGUUGUGGACCUCCAAACAGUGCCGAGUUCGCAGACUUGGCUGGAUCAAAUAGCCCCCGCACCUGUGACUGCACCCGCUGUGCUACUAGGUAGUCGAACUAGUCAGAGGGCUGCUUUCACGCUACGAAGCAUUCGCCAGGUAAGUUGGCAUCCCUGGAGUGAUGGACGCCUCGCUAUCCUCUACGAUGAUGGCAUGCUGGAGCUUUACGAUACCUUGGAAGCUACGCUACCGGAGCAGACCUUGCGCAUUCGCUUGCCGCUGUCGGGGAGUGAAGCACCUGCCGCAACAGGCGUCGAAGACACCACUGUUGCAUCAGUCAGUAUCCAGAACGUCUCUGGUGCGCUGGAGCAAACCGCAGGACAGCGCACAUUGGUCAAAACUGAAGCUCCAGCGGCAUUCGCUUUCGGCCCAUUAACGGAACCAUCGGAAUAUCCUUGGGAGCUUGUCACGCUGUAUUUGUUGCGAGAGUCUGAUGGAGCGCUGUUUAUUCUCUGUCCGUUUGCUCCUACUGGACUGCGCUUGCCCGCAGUGUGGGUAGAAGCUGUUCAUGGUCAGCUGGAGACUGGAGCGCUCGCGGAUACAGCAACUUCUUCGGCAGCAGACGCGACCACAUGGGCCGAACUACAGAUGCGUUUACGACGAGAAUGGCUGGCACUCUGCACCAGUCGGCAAGCUCGUAUGGAUCUCGAGAGCCACCGCGCAGACUCCGAAAAAGCGCCUCCCGUAUAUCGUUUGCUUCGACCUCCACGCACCUUUAACAUGCAAUGGACGCCGCUUCUGCAGGGCCCGGUCCAUAUCGAGCAUGAUGCUGCAACAGCAGCGAGUCAUUGGGCACCCGCGUGCGGCAUCCAGGUUCUUCCGAGCCCGCUAGGUCCGCUCCUGCUCCGUACCUGGUGGCACGGUGUUCUAGACGUGCUUGUCACUAUGGAAAAGGUGGAACCUGUCUGGGCCCCGUCGUCAGAGUGUUCAGAACAGCUGCCCGCAGAGGAGGAUGUUGCGCCAUCGCUGCUUCUCUAUGAGCGCAUCUUCACGGGCGCUCCCUGUGCUCAUUCGAUCGUUGGCGAGAGCCCCACAGGGCUCUCCACGUCCUGUGCAGCAAACGAUGAGCAUUUACCACUUCCAUGGGUGUCACCUGCGCAGACAGUGCCCCGUCUGCAACGCAGUGUGCUGCUCAUACGCAGCCACCAGGGCGUCUCGGCCCUCUAUUUGACGUGGCUGGAUAUGAUCAGCCACGUGCUUUCCCCGAGAAGUUGGCCGUCUAGCUCGCUUUUCCAUUCCGAACCGGAUUCCAAUGACGAGUUUAUGGAAAGUGAGCAGCUUGAACAGCUGUUGGAGCAGUUGCCAUGCUCCACGCUUGUGCAGUCGCUGGCGUCAGAGGCGGCUCCGCUGGGCCUCGCAGAGCUGCGCCUCCCCAGUACAGUGACACUUGUGAAUGGCCCAGCCGCGAACCUGCUGCUUGCAAUGGAUGCUGAUGGAGAGCACUUGCGAGCAGCGGCAUUGCACUGGUGGCGCUUACCGAGCGUGGGCGCGAGCCUCCGUUUCCCGCGCUCUUCCAUGACUACGCGGGAACUCGAAUACACGGAUCUGGUGCACGCAUGUUCGCCGGCGGUGAAAGCAGGAGCAGCAGCAGCAUCAACAACAACAACAACAACAGUAGCGACGAAAAUACGUUCAGCAUCGGGGCUAACGCCUUUGGAGCAAAAGCUCACGCAGGUAUUCGGUUCCCUGGUGCCAUGGCACACGUCCGGAGUCAGUCAUGCUGCAGCGACAGGCGACGCGCAAGAACUUUGGGAACAGACGCGAACGCUCGUUCUCCUUUGGCAGAUGAUACAGACGAUUAUCCAGCCGCUGCGACUUUUCUAUGCACAAACGCUAUCAUCGACUAUAGAACAGCUUCCUCUGAGACUGGAAACGAACGCACGUCAGUACAGCUACCUCCAACACCGCCUAGAAAUGCUGCAAAGUCGAGCAAGAGACUUGGAUCAUCGCAUUCGUAUCCUGGCGACAGGAAUGAAUGAAAAUCUCCAAAAGCGCGCUGCAGGUCUAUCGGAGCUGCUGCUGCAUCGGAAACCUAUGAUCACUCCGCUGGAGCGCCAGUGUUUUCGCCAGCUCGAGCGCUAUCGCGAACGCCUCUGCGAGUUCCAGCAGCGCCUUACGCAGUUACAACGGCAGGCUGCAGCGGCGCGGCAAUCAGGAAGCAGGGCGCUGCCCGAGCUUGAUAUCAGGGAAGACUGGUCGCUGUUACGAAAAACCCAACAGCGUGAGAUUCGUCAAGCUAUCGAAGAGAACACCCGUCGUUUGGAACGGCUUUGCCAGGUUUCGCAGGAAACACGAGCGUCGAUCGAGCGACUUGUGCAUAUGCACGACAUGCGGUUCUCGUCGUUAACGGGAACGUGCAAAGACGACACUCGGAUUCUCUAG